AAACUGAUUGUAAAACAUGGUAUAUGUUGGACUUAAUCCAUGUAUUUUCUUCAUUAAUGUAAUAUUCUUUUAAUAUGUUAGAAAAAAAUUAAGCAGAAAAUCUGGAUAAGAGGUGAAGAUGUUUGUACUGCUGCUGUCCCCGGUCUGUGUCACGUGACCUGCACUGGCCGCGAACAGGUCUCUCGCAGAAGUUCAGCAGUGGCUAACCGGUUUGAUAAAAGCAUGAAUACAUCCAACACCACGCAGGUCUGGAAUAAAUGUAAUAAAACCCACAAAUAAGAAACCUGGAUCUAUUUUAAGCUGUAAUACAACUCAGAAAUUAUUACAAUGACGGCAAAUUCCGCUAGUGCACUUUCGCGUGAUGGACAUGAUGUUCUCUACUAACACUGGAACUGCUCCUUGAUGGCCCGCUACUGUUUCAAUAUUCCUAGGAGAGCGUAAAAAACGUUUUGGCUGGUUGAAGUGUUUUCCGACGCGCUCUCUAUCAGCUGACGGAAGUGUGGUCAUCUGUGUGUGCGCGUAUCAUGCGUGUGGCAUCAGGGUGGAACUUGGAGCGACAGAGCGCAUAUAUCACAUGCCGUCAAUGUUUUGAUCAUAACACAGUGUCUGUGUUUUAUUAUCAAAAGACUUUUUUUCACUGUAUGAACACACAUCCUUUUCCUUCUCUGGAUACAUCCUGAGUAAAGUUUGGUUUGGUCUGUGUAUCUCACUUUCCUAAAUGCUUAGUGCAAAGCGUCACACGUGAGGUCACAGGCUCAGCAGGUAUGUCCUAGCUACAUUCAUACUGCGCGUCUUGACACUCACAUCUACUUAUGGCAGAAAUGAGAUUUGCUUGCUUGGUUGUUCACAUUUUCUGUUAUUUCAAAACGGAAUUGACAUUGAGACAUCUGCUAACUUGCACUAUUAUUUACAGUAUGUCACUUUUUUGUGAAGUGCAGAAACAUUCUAUCUACUUUAGUCAGUCAUUUCUGUUUCCUUUUUUUUUAUAAGAUUUGAAAAAGGUCCUCAAACAUCAACGCCAAUGAAGAGAGGUGUUUGGCACGCAGACACCAUAUCAAGCAUUGCAUCAAGUGAUACAGACGAGCAAGGAGACAAGGCAACAUCGGAACUUGCUGAAGCAGACACAACAAAGCCUCAUGGAUUGGCUGAACUUGAAUGGAGCCUAACUGAGAUGAGCAUUGAUGAUGAACAACAUGUUGAUGAAGGAGCCAUCAAUGAUCUGAGAAAUAGCGUAAUUGACUGGGCUGGUGACGCUCCCCUUGAAAGGCCUAUACAAACGGAGGAAAUGGACAUCGGAGAUGAAGAGGAUAUGCCCUCACUUUCUAUCAAAUUCGGAGGCGCUUUGAAUCAGGUUCCAUCCCUCGACAAACUUCCAGUAAUUGGUUUGGAUGAGACGGUGCAUGACUUGAUCCCAGAACUGGAUCCUGUUCCAGAGACGUGCACAUACAGUGACUCGGCAUGUGAUCUCAGGCUCCCCCAAGUAAAGACGGCAGAACAUAUUGUAGGAGCUAAAGCGUCCAUCAUUUAUGAGGAAUGCUUGAGGCACCUGGCUUCUUUUGUAACUUUGCCAGUUCAAAAGUGUGCCAAAUUGAAAGAGACGGGUGAAGUAUGUCAGCAGUGCCCACCAUACAGAGUCCACAUCAAAGAGAGAGGCACAGCAAGUGUUUUAGAAUGGAUCUGUGCUGAUGGACAUCUUGUGUGGCAAUGGGUUUCACAGCCUGUAAUGAAAUUUGGGAUGCAGGCUGGUGACUUCAUGCUUUCAACAAACAUCUUGUUGUCUGGAAACAAUUACAACAAAGUAGCACUACUCUUCAAGUUCAUGAACAUGGGAAUGGUUGGAAGAGGAACAUUCUUUUCCAUCCAAGACACAUACUGUGUCGACACAGUUAAAAGUUACUGGAUGCAGAAAAGGGCUGAAGCCAUAGCUAAACUGCAGAGAAAAGAUGUUGUGGUCCUUGCUGACGGGAGGAAUGACACUCCAGGACAUUGUGCACAAUACUGCAGUUACACUGCAAUGGAGAAUGAUACACGGGAGAUCAUCAGUGUUGUAACUGUAGAUAAGAGACAGACCGACAGAAGAUCAACUGUUAUGGAAAAGGAGGCCUUCAUUCGAACAGUUGAUCAGCUUAUGGCUGAGGUGAAGCUGGUGGAAAUCUGUACAGAUGCCCACUCACAGAUUAGUGCUGUCAUGGAUCCUGAAAAGGGGAGGUAUAAGGGACAUGGAAUAAAUCACAGUCUUGACAUGUGGCAUGGAGCUAAAAACCUGGCCAAAAAAAUCGCUGCAGCUGCCAAGAUAAAGGAACAGUCGGCUCUACUACUAUGGCUAAAGGACAUUGUAAAUCACUUUUGGUGGUGUUGCAAAAAAGCAGAAAACUUUGAAGAGUUCUUGAUACUGUGGGUUGGAAUAAUCCACCACGUAUGCAAUGAGCAUGAGUGGGCAACUGGCCAGUGUCAACAUGGUCCAAUUGAGGAAGCCCAAAAGGAGUGGAUAGAGAAAGAUUCAAAGGUUCAUGAGGCGCUUGUGGAUAUUGUUCUGAAGAAGCGGUGGCUGAAGGAUAUCCAUAAGUACUUGCGUUUUAGAUCUACAGCUGACUUGGAGAGUUUUCACAACCACGUCCUCAUGUAUGCAAGCAAGCGUUUUGCUUUCACUCCUCCAGUCUAUGAAGCCCGUGUUAUUCUGGCUGCCCUGGACUACAACUUCCAUCUUGGUCGGCCAACAAGACAGAGAGCAGAUGGCUCCAACAUGUACACACGGAUUUUCAGAAAAAAUGCAAAACGUUAUAGCGUUUAUGCAUUGAAGACACCAAAAACAUAUGGCUACAUUCAAGCGCUGCAGACUGAGGUGGUGAAGUGUAGAUUGGAAGCAGAUAAAGGCAUGCCAAGAACACGGACACUGAGGCCAGAUGAUCCACGCAAGCUCGGUCGACUUCCACCUGUACCUCCCCCAUCCGUUGAAGAACUUGUACAAACACAAGUGAAAAGGGGCCUCGGUCCAGAAUUCAACACCAAUCCUCCUUCUGUAUAAGGAUGUUUCAGACCUACGAUGACGACCAACACAGAGUAGAAAGCAGUCUGCAGAUGCAGAAUCUACAUCAUAGCAGAUACUGACGAGCUCCUGCUCCAUUCCUCCUCUCUGAUGAACAAGACUCGGAGUCCCACACUUGAUUCAGGACCUCAUCUGCCAACCCAGAGGAAGUAUUCCAGCCUUUUCCCUCCGAGGACCAUGCUCUCACGUGUGGAGAUGAUUCUCAUCCCAGCAACUCCACACUAGACUGAUCUGCUCCAGUGACAGCAGAAGUUCAUGGCCAAGGUCUCCAAAAAGCAAACAUCUGAUGCUUAGGUCACAAAAUCUGCCCCCUCAUCCCCAUUACUGCAUCUAAUAAUUAUUUCCAUAACUGUAAUGAACAAAAAAAGUGGAUGUGUAUUCAGUCAGUGGUGUUUGCCACAGAUAAAACAUCGUCAAGAAGGAUUGAAUAUCUGUUGUGCAAUCAAAAUUUCACAUCCUUUGUAUGGAUAUGUGGCUUUUUUUUGUAGAUAGGCUUUGGUCUAUGGGGUUUUUGUUGUGUAUAUACUGUGUAUUGCUGCUGUUGCAUCAGUUAUAUUUAUCUAUUUUUUGCAGUUAAAUUGUAAUAAACAUUUGUCUUGUU